AUGUGCGAGUCAAAGCAACAUAAGUUUAAAAGUCCAAGAGAAUGUGAAAAAUGGGCAAGAGAGGAAAGAGGAAGGCGAAUUCAGCUUUCCCUGGCAGUUGAAAAGAGAACAACAGGCUGGACAACCUAUUACAAAAAGAAAAGUAUAUAUGGAGCUCUUUCCUUGCUGCAGGAAAGAUAUCCAGCAGUUGCUGUAUUGGAUGUUGAAAAGAUUUGCAAAGCCGACUAUGAUGCCUGUGUGUGUUUCAGGGAUGAGAUUGAUAUACUAGAUAAUGAACUGAAAGAACAUGAAGAUGGGCUGAAGAGAAACAUAUCAUUGACACUUGAUGAAAAUGGAUCUGUGAAAAAAGGUCAGUUGUUAUUAAUAUUCUUUGGAUGAUACAAUGUUUUUUAUUGAAAACAAUAAUGCUAGGACCAUGUUGACAAGCAAGCCUCACUGGAAAAUUAUAAAUCUUAAAGCAGGGAUCAAGGUUUUCUAGUGAUAACAUGUGUUUCAUAAUAUCCCUACAAGCUAAUUUUUCUCUAUUUCUGGCUAUAUCUACAUCCAUCACGCUCUCACUUUUCCCUUGUAUUUUAUAUUUAAUUAUGAACUGAUGAAACAUUGCAUUUGCUUCUAGGGGAAGAAGAAACCCAUGAAUUCUACCAACCAUUGACUGCAGCCUUUGAGGAAGCAAGAUGCUUAAUCGAUAGCAAAGUUGAAAGAUUGGACCAAUUCUUGACCUAA